CGGAAGUAGAGAUAUACGUCAUUUUUCAAAAUGGCGCGUAUAAUCCUACAAAAAGUCAAACAUAUCAUGCAAUGCAUAAGUCCCAGGUACCAGUGUCUUAUAUUCUUCAUCUGCACGGGUAUGCUGCUAGUAUUCUUCCUCCGCCCACGGAGAAAGCCCGAGCCUCGCAGAGAGUGGGACAGCUACUGGCACAAACAAAGGUCAUCCCGGGAUUUCGACCCGACGCAGAAAAGCCGCUGGGAGGUGGAGAACGAUUUCGGGGUGGCUGACGGGAUCAAGGACCUCUCCCGGUACCCGGACAGGAGAAGCAACGUCCGGAUGAUGAUGGAGAUGCUCAAGCGACGCGCGAAUGAUAUCGCGAAAGAGUUGCACAAGCCAGGUGACGUGGAGGAGAUCACGACAACAGUCUUUAGGCGAAGAACGAAGAAGAAGCGAAAGAAAGCGACGAAAAUGUUAAACCAAGAAGAAGUCUUCACUGAAACUGUGUCUAAAUUCAUCAAGUCGACAGACACCUACUGCUGGAAGAUGCUUAUGAUAGGUCACGUGUCGGACUUGUGGGAGGUGUGUAGGGACAAAUUGGUGGCGUUCAAACAGCCGUGCAUUGUGUACCAAUUCGGCGCUAGUGUUGACUUCGUGUUUGAAGAGCGGGUCUCUAAGAUGUACAAAUGUCAAGUUCAUGUGUUUGACCCCGACAAGGUGGACUCCAUCCGGGUUAAAAGGUCCAACAAAGUGACCCUCUACCAACUCGGCAUCGCUGAAACUCGCGCCGUUCGAGACGGCCGAGUUUACCUGCCCUGGAGCGACCUGGUCGAGUUGCUGGACCACAACGUGUCCCACAUCCAGAUGGUCAACUUCGACCUGAAGAACGCCACCUGGACCGUCCUGCCUCACCUGAUCGCCAACAACCACCUGUCGCAGGUGAGCCAGAUCGGGAUGGAGAUUCACCUGAUGAACCCAGACGGGGUGCUGUUGCCGACCAAGCUGAAGCUGCUCUCCAUGAUGACGGACCACGGGUUCAAGAAGUACAACGUCAACGAGAGAAAGCACUGUGAGCCUAUCGUCACCGGCGCCAUCUGUUACCGGCUCUACUACACCAACAGAGACCUGUUAAAGCCAGGGUCCAGUGUUGUACACAGCGACGGGGGUAUGAUGUGGCAACAGCCAGGGUAUAGUGGUGUAUAGAGAGGCGGGUAACAGCCAGGGUAUAGUGGUGUAUAGAGAGGCGGGUAACA